CAAUGAAGCAUGGCUUAUAAAAGUAGAUAGUACGCUCAAGGUUCCAGAAAAAAUGUGGGGAGUGUCAAAAAAACGUGUGCAUUUAUAGGGUGCCUCAAGCUAUAAAGAUUUCUAAACCAGAAGAUUAUGAGCCUUCUGUCGUAUCUCUGGGGCCUUAUCAUCACAAUAUUAAUCCUCAGUUCUCUAAGAUGGACCAACAUAAAUUACAAGCGGUCCAUAGAGUGUCAACUAGGCUUAAAAUAGAUGUGCCCACAUUGAUUGCAGAGUUUGAGAAGUUAGAAUUGGAAAUCAGAGAAUGCUAUGAAGAGCCAAUAGAAUUGAAUGGAAAAUCAUUAUCACGGAUGUUAGCAAUGGAUGCUUGUUUUAUACUUGAAUUCUGUAGAAAUUCUGCAGUAUCAAGAUCCGAGAGUAAUUCAGAUUUCUUUAGCCUUAUCUUUCAAAGAGAUGAUUUAAAGAACUCCAUGUUUUAUGCUAUACUAGAUGACCUUAUAAAGCUGGAAAAUCAAAUUCCUCUAUUUGUUAUCUUAAAAUUAUUGGAGUUAGAAGAAGGUGGAUCGCGCGAAUAUGCAGCAACAGAAUUAGCUACAAUGCUGAGUAAACGUAGCUUGUUUCGCGGAAACCCCUUUUUCAAAUUUUCACACCAGGAUGCUAUACCAAAACUGAAGGAGCAUAUGAUGGGUGAACGGCCUGCAUACCAUUUGUUGGAUUUGUGCAGAAAGGUGGUCAAAGAUACAUUAACGAAUUCUACUGGGAAACCGGCUACUUGCGUGGAAAAUGAUGGCUAUCGUGGCGCUAAUAAUAUCAGUAAUGAUAAUGGGUGGUCAAUGAAUGCGGUACUACCUGGUUGGGUGCAACGAGUCAGUUGCAUCGAUAUACUUCCUCGAGUUUCCCCACUACUUUCUCCUGAUGAUAGGCGGGCAACCCCUAGUGCCGAAUUGUUAUACGGCGCUGGUAUUAGAUUUCAACCAGGCAAAAUUAAAUUUGAAAAAAGAAGGUUCGGAAGCAGAACGCUUUAUCUCCCUUCAGUCACAAUCACGGACAACACAGAAUCAAGGUUGCGAAACUUGAUGGCUUAUGAAGAGUGUCAAAGAUGCUCCUGGUAUCCAGAGCCCACCGUAGUUUCACAUUUUGUAAUAUUGUUUGAUUAUUUAAUCGAUUCGGAGAAAGAUGUUGCUUUACUUCGAAAAUCUCGAAUCAUUCGGAGGAUGGUUGGCUGUGAUGAAAACAUAGCUCGCAUGUUCAACCGAAUUAGGGUUGGAAUCACAUUCAGUGGAAUUGGUCAAAUUGAAGAGGUGAUGGUAAAGGCGAGAAAUCAUUAUAAGAGCCAAUGGAAAGUGUGGAUGAGCCAGUUUAAGGAAGAACAUUUUUCAAAGCCGUGGUAUAUCCUCUCGCUUGUGGCGGCGAUACUUAUUCUGGGUAUGACGGCUAUACAAACUGUCUAUUCAGUAGACUAGAAUAUUUUAAUCCCUCUAUCUUGUUUGUUAUUAGCGUGUCCAGUAACUGCAAUCAUUACUUAAUAGAUAGUUAGCUCUUCUACCAUAAGUACUAAAAUGACA